CCGGAAGUAAACACACACUAGUUGCAUUAGCUUGGUGCAUGUUAGCAGUUAGCUGGAAGACGGUGGUGUGGUCGUUUCUCGGGUAAAUAUUCAAGUAGUGGACGGAGCAGUGAUGUCUUCGGUUCAGUAUUUGAGAGAGUUUAUCAGCGAGCGACUAACAGCUGCUGCUGAGGAGAUAUUCACGGUCUUUGAAAAAACCAUCGUCCAGUACGAAGAAGAGGUGGAUCGUCAGCGCAGACUGCUGGAGACCGUUUUGAAACCUGAAACAAAGCUGCACAGGAUCGAGCUCCCACAGCAGCAUGUCUGUAAGGAGGAGGAGGUUCUCACUGACCAGCAGCUCUGUCCCCAGGAGAGGAGCUCCAGUCUGGACCAAGAGGAACAAGAACCUCCACAGAUUAAAGAGGAACAGGAGGAAAUGUGCACCAGUCAGGAGGGAGAGCAGCUCGUACUGAAGCAGGAGACUGAAACCUGCAUGUUGACUCCUCAUGGUGAGGAAAGUGACCAUAGAGAACCAGAGGGUGAGCACCAGCUCCUCUCUCACAACUCUCCUGUAGCUGAGAGCCAAGAUCAGAACAGAAGAAAAUAUGUGGAUUCAGGAUCAAGAGAAAAUGAAGAACCAAACCCACAGAAGAGUUUUCAUGAAAAUAAAAGUCACAGUCGCAAUGUGGACAACUCCCCCAAAUCAGAGAUUAACUCUAAUACUCAAACAGGUAAAAAGUCUUUCAAAUGUGACACUUGUGGAAAAACGUAUGCUUAUAAGUAUAAUUUGAAGACUCAUCUGAGAACACACACAGGUGAAAAACCUUAUUUAUGCAAAAUAUGCACGAAAGGAUUUGUGCGUGGUGAUGAACUGAGAGUCCACAUGAGAAUUCACACUGGUGAGAAGCCAUAUUCUUGCCAAACAUGUGGAAAAAGGUUUAGACGUAGUGAUGACUUAAAAAUCCACCUGAGAAGCCACACUGGUGAGAAGCCAUAUUGUUGCCAAACAUGUGGUAAAUGUUUUGUGAGUAGUGGUAAUUUGAAAGUCCAUGUGAGGAGUCACACUGGUGAGAAGCCAUAUCCUUGCCAAACAUGUGGUAAAUGUUUUGUAAGUAGUGGUAAUUUGAAAUUCCAUUUGAGGAGUCACACUGGUGAGAAGCCUUUUUUGUGCAAAAUAUGUCAGAAAAGUUUUGUAAUGAGUAAUGAUUUGAAGGUUCAUAUGACAAUUCACACUGGUGAGAAGCCAUAUUCUUGCCAAACAUGUGGGAAAAGGUUGAGACGACGUGAUGAAUUGAGAAUCCAUAUGCUAAGUCACACAGGUGAGAAGCCAUAUUCUUGUAAAAUAUGUCAGAAAUGUUUUGUGAAAAGUGGUAAUUUGAAAGUCCACAUGAGAAUUCAUACUGGUGAAAAGCCAUAUUCUUGCCAAACAUGUGGGAAAAGCUUUGGACGUCGUGAUGAAUUGAAAGUCCACAUUAUAACUCACAUUGAGAAGCCAUAUAGUUGCCAAAUAUGUGGUAAAUGUUUUUUAGGUAGUGGCAGUCUUAAAGUCCACAUGAGGAGUCACACAGGUGAGAAGCAAUUUUCUAACCAAAGAUGUGCAUUGAAUGUUCACAUGAGAACUCAGACUGGGGAGGAGCCUGCAACUUGUGAUAAAAGCUUCUCGUAGUUUACACACAUGAAAAACAUUUUUAACUUCUAUACAGUUAAAAAGUUGUGUCUACAAAACAACGAUGUAUAUAAGUUUAGUGUUGUUGAAGAUGACAAAUGAUCUGAGGCUGUCCAGCCAUCCUGCAACUACGGUCUUUUCACAAACAUGUCCUUUAAUUCACUGUAUUUUUUUUCAUUCUUACAUCAAAUUGAUAACGUUUUUACUUGUUCAGUCUGCAGAGGUGAAACAACCUCAUGUAGUUUUCAUUACAUCCAAAUGAUCGACAUAUUUUGCCUUCAGAUGUGGAAUAAACUCAUGUAGUAGAUGUAGCGGCUCUAUGAAUCGUGCCUCAUAAAGAAACUUGUAUUUUAUUAACUAUAAUAUUUCUUUCAAUGUUUGUUCCUCAGACUGAUGUUCCCGAUUUGAUGUAUUACAACUAAUAAAAUCUCAUUGUAAAUUCCAA